AUGGAGGCCGCGGCGGGGCGGGGAAUGGAGGCCGCGGCGCGGAAUUCGGAGCGGGCCGGGGCCGCCAUGCGGAGCCGCGCCGAGGUGGACGCCACGCUGCAGACGGCCAAGCUGAACCCGGCGGAGCUGCUGCCGGCCGUGCACUGCCUCAGCUUCGGCCCGCAGGCCGGCGGCGGCGAGUGCUGCCUGCUGCAGCUGGAGCCGGGGCUCUGCGCCGAGCUGGAGGCGGGGCGCAGCCUAAUAAUCCGUGGUGAAAAGGAUGAACAUGCAGUGUUGUGCAGCAAAGAUAAAACUUAUGACAUGAAAAUAGCAGAUACCUCAAAUAUGCUGCUGUUUGUUCCUGGUUGCAAAACUCCAGAGGAACUGAAAGCAGAUCAGGCAUCUUGUAAUAUUAUUCAUUCACAGAUUGCUGGUUUCUCCAAGAACUAUUGGGAAUUAAGGAGAUGUCGACCAAAAAUGAAGAAACUGAGGACGCUUUUAAUGGAAGAUCCAUAUGAAGGGCCUGAUAGUCAGAAAGAUCAGACUUCAACAUUUUCAAAGUAUACAACAGAAGAUUUGUUAAAUCUGAUUCAAGCAAGUGAGGAAGAAAUACUCCACCAAUUGCGGGUCAUAGAUGCCUGCAAAAUCGAAGGAUAUUGGAGAAUUCUAGACUUUGACUAUGAGAUGAAACUCUUGAAUCAUGUGACUCAGCUAAUAGAUUCAGAGUCCUGGCCUUUGAGUAAGGUUCCUCUCUGUGCCUGCCUUGAAGAACUUGGAUCUCUAGAACCCAGAGAGAUGAUAGAACACAUUCUUUUAAGCUAUGGCAGGAAAUAUGUUGAUGACGGGGAGGUUUUCUUUGAAAUGCAUGAAGAUAAAAUAUGCAGAGCUAUAGCACAAAUGCUUUUGCAAAAUGCAGUUAAAUUCAAUCUAUCAGAGUUUGAAGAAGUCUGGCAACAGAGUGUCCCUGAGGGGAUGACAACAAGGCUUGAUCAGCUUCAGGGCUUGGCUCUUGUGGAUAGAAGUUUAAGACCAGAGACCAUCUUUCUGCUGAAAGUGGAAGACUUACCUGAAGACAAUCAGGAAAGAUUCAACAGCUUAUUUGGCAUACGGGAAAAGUGGACAGAAGUGGAUAUUACCCCUUAUAUACAAGACUUGUGUGCAGAGAAGCAGACUGUUGGUGCUCUUCUGACAAAAUAUGCUCGCUCUUCAAUGCUGAAUGGUGUUAAAGUUUAUAAUUCUAGAAGACCCAUCUCAUAACAAGUAUUGUUUGAAGAACUGAGGAUACUGAAUGUAGUAACAGUGAAUGUUAUUUGCUGCUGCCUUCUGGGGAAAAGAG